AUGGAACUAAUCUUUCAUUUAACGCUUCCUGAUACCCCGGUACCAGAUGGAUUGUCUGUUCAUCAGUUUUUGACUCAGUACAAUCCCGACAUGGUUGCAGCAGACAAUCCCAUUCUCGAGGAUUUGGGCUUUCCUUACAAGAAGUUGACAUAUGGUGGUCUUCGAGCUCAAGCUGCCGUCGGCGCUGCUGCUUUAGUGAACCGGUACGGCUCUGCAGCCGGAUUUCUCUUUUUUGUUAGUAGUUCUCAACAUGAUCAUCAUGGCUGCAUCGCUGAAGACCCAACCCCCCGUGGUAACUGUUAUGUGGAUGGGUGGGGUUGUUGGUCAGGUGCAGAGCUUGCUCAUGCGAUAGCUACUAUUGAGCCGACCAUCAUUGCUUGUGAGGCUGAAUUUACUGGGCGGGUAAAAGAGGCUCUACAAAUGAAACAGGGCCCUCCAUUCAUGCCCCAAAUUGUGGAAUUGGGGGACCGCGAUGGAUCUGCAAGCCAAACCACCGAUGCCUGGCUCAACAAUUGUGACGCUCGCGAGGUUUUCUUUGCACCAUUCCCACAUAUGAUCGGUGCCUUGGGCGCCGUUUUGUUCCCCGCUUACAUGGGUUCCUACGUUGCUGCAAUGAGAAAUUUCACCCUUCCUAGUUACAUCAAAGCAUGUGCAAAGGUGAAGGCUACGACACUGAAGGUUGUUCCGAGUGUUGCUGUUGCGUUUGCCCAGCAUCCACUUGUGAAGGAACUGGACUUGAGCAGUAUUAAAUACAUACUCAGUGCUGGUGCUACCCUCCAGCCGGAAGUUGUACGAAAAAUGCAGGAGUUACUCAAAGGCGUAUGUUUCGUGCAAACGUACGGAAUGAGCGAGACAAUCAUCUGUAAACUUCCUCACAACAAGUCGAUUGAGAAAGUGGGCAGCGUCAGCCGUUUACUCUCUGGGGUGAAAAUUCGCAUUGUCGACGAAAAGCUUCAAGAUGUUGAGCCGGGUACUCCAGGCGAGGUACUGACCAAAGCGCCAACAGUUUUCAUGGGAUACCGAAACAAUACCGAAGCAACAAAUGAAUCCUUCCACAAUGACUGGCUUCGAACUGGAGACGUUCUCUCUAUGGAUGCAGAUGGGUUUCUCUGGUUCCAUGAACGCCAAAAGGAGUUGAUCAAAGUCCAAGAUAACCAAGUUGCUCCUUCAGAGCUCGAAGGCAUUUUUAGCGCCCAUCCCAAAGUACUAGAAGCAGCAGUUUGUGGCUACUUUGAUGAGAGUCGCCAAACAGAUUGGCCAAUUGGCUACGUGACUCUCAUUGCUUCAGUUCCGGAGAAUGAGCGUCAGGCUCUUCUCGAUGAAAUUCACGCUUGGUUCGAGGGUCAAGUAGCAACAUACAAGAAGCUUCGAGGUGGUCUGCACCACAUUGAUGAGCUGCCGAGAAACCCGACGGGCAAGCUGAUGCGUGGGCAACUCCCCAUUAAGCUAGUGGCAAAGAGGGAAAACAAGAUGUAA